CAGCCUUCAGACGGACGACACGUUUAAUUUUGCCAAAAUCUUACAAUAAUCAGCUAUAUAGCGCAUAUGUACUCGAAAUUAAGCGACGACCCAGACAAAUGACAAAAGUUACACGUACAUCUGGACAGCCAGGGGAACUAUAGGAGGUAUGCACUGAAGGCGUGCGAAGAUACAGCGAUAAGCUAGGAACACGUCGCUAAACGUCAUUUAUAAAUACACUCAGGUUCCAAUAACAUUUAAAAUAGUGGCGUAAAAGAGGGAUCAAGAAAAACACUUUGGACGAUCUGCAUUCAUUCUAAGGUCCGCGGUUAAGUGACACAUUUCUAAUACCUCACGUCAUACGGGUGAACUUCUGGUUCAUACGGAUAAUCCGAUGUUAUUGUAACAGAGUGAUGACAGGUGUGUGUCUUAUUUUUUAAUGAAGCACAUUUUCUUAUUGGGAUCGCUUAAAAACUUCGUUUAGUUUAUACGCUAUUCACCUGUAACCUGUACAUUUACCUAAAGACAGACAGACCGGAGUGCCGCGGACCGCAGAAGCCUGACGAUCCAGCUGCACCAUGCUCCAGCAGAUUCUCACAGACAUGUACAUAGACCCCGAGCUCCUGGCGGAGCUGAACGAGGAGCAGAAACAGACUCUUUUUUUUAAGAUGAGGGGGGAGCAGAUCCGGCGAUGGAAGGAGAGAGAGGCUCAGUUUGAGAAGCAUGAGGUCAAGGCAAAGAAACCUUCCAGAAGAGGGAAGGAGUUGUCCUGGCUGCACAGCUCGGAUGGUGACAUCUGGGUCUGGGUGAUGGGCGAGCACCCCACUGACACGCCCUACGAGCAGAUCUGCGACGCCAUCAUGGCAGAGCGGGCAGCUCGGCAGGCACAAGAUGAGGCCGAGCAGCUCAGGGCCCAGAAGGAGAAGGAGCUAGUGAAGCGAUUCUCCAAAAUAUACAUGGAUCCAGAGGUGGAGCUGUGCAGGCAGGAGGAGGAGCGGAAGGAGCAUAUGAGGCAGGAAGCAGCAGAGGAGCAAAGGAGAAUAGAGGAGGAGCUGAAGAGGAAGGAGGCAGAGGAGAGGCAGAAGGCUGAGGAGGAGGUCCAGAGGCUGGCGAAGGAGAGAGCAGAGCAGAUCUACAUGAACCUGAAGGAGGUCCAUCAAAACCGGGAAAGGCAGGAGGAGGACCGCGAGUGGCAGGAGACGUUGCGCAGGUCCAAAGCGGCAGACACGCGCCGCCGUUCGCUAGCCAAGCAGACGCGAGAGGACCACCAGAGGCGUUCCCUGAAGGCGCUUGAGCGGGGCCGCGUGGCGGCCAUGACCAAAGCUUUCCAAGCUGACGAGAAGCCGGCCCUGCUACCGAAACCGAAACCCAGGACCCUCAAGAAUGAGCCACUGGCUCGGAAGCCAGCUAUGCGCAGGACGCCGUCCAUGUCCAACAGAGAAGAUAUCAUCCGAUGGUUCCGGGAGGAGCAGUUGCCCCUUCGAGCCGGAUUCCAGAAGGACCACAGCUGCAUCGCUGUCUGGUUUCAUGGAAUAAUCACGCGGCAGGAGGCCGAGGCCCUGCUCGUCGGCCAAAAGCCCGGGGCUUUCCUCAUCCGCGUCAGCGAGAGAAUCAUGGGCUUCGUUCUCUCCUACCGCUACCCAGAGGGCUUCAAGCACUUCCUCAUCGACGCCACAGAGAGCUGCUACAUUCUGCUGGGAGACCAGAUCAAAUUCACGACGUUGACCGAACUGGUCGAAUACCACAUGGUGGAGCCCAUUACCAUGUCCGGAGGGGAACAGCUGCUGUAUCCAUGUGGUCAGAGCCCAGGUCACAUAGAUUACACUGAGCUUUUCUCCUGAACUGGCAGUCUUGUCAUAAAAAUGCACAUUUCUGUAAAAUAUCAGUUUCACUAAUGUGCAAGACAUCUAGCUUUUCAGUACAGCUUCAGUUACCAUAAUUUUAUCUUUUGGAACUGUACUCCAUUAACAGUACAUAGCAGUUUGACUCUUAUUAAACAACGUAUCGCGUUCCAUGGUUGCUUGUGAGUGAACAAGCGUGACUUACAUAAUAAACUAGCCUUUCAAAUUUUGA